UGAUACCACGUGCCAGUCAGCUAAGAGCUUGCUAUCAUCGGUAGCUCGGGGACAACGGCAUCCUCCUAUUGUUAUUUAGAACAAUGCCUUGGAUGCCAUACGAUACCUGAUGCCACAAGGCGUCCUUCAUUCCGCAUAAGCGGAGCCACUCGACCGUUGCUGUAAAUCGUAAAACACAUAUAAGUCCCAAUCUUUUACAAUAUCCCUUAACUACCUUCCAUCAUGUAACGCCCUACCCUAACCGAUGCAUUCAACAACUUUCGGGUCACCCUGGCCCAGUACGCCAACGACGUGACUAGGUUCCCUGUCAUGGUCAAUGAAAUCAAGCGUAUUUUGGCUGCUGUCCAAGCCGCUCAAGAUACAGCAGCUUUCUACGCUCGUACCCCUUACGACAUACCUUCCGUUCUGAAGGAGCGUGUCGAAGUCGUCCCCGCUCUGGAAUAUGACAGACCCAACACAAUAGACGACGAAUUCAAACCUCAGCCUAGCGAACCCUUGAACUGGUCCGAAACGAUGCUGCGUCGAUUUCAUUAUCAAGUUUCUCCGAUCAGGGACUAUACGCGUUCGUUGGCGCUUCAAUUCCGGCUCUUGCGGACAAGCGGUCCAGAUGAUUCUGUUGCUACUUCGGUUCAGUUGGAUAUAGAGUAUGGGGACACAAAGAGUGAAGCAUUUGUCUGUUGCUGGGAGAAUCCGACCAGAGCGUCGGAUGGGGAGCGUCGGAUGGUGGGGCGCAUGAUUUACUCGAGAAUAUACUCCGGUGUCGACGGGGGCUCGGAGACGCUUACACCAAUCACUUUUCUGGAACUUCUGCUCGGCGAAGAGGUUUGGAAGGCGGUCAACGAAUUUAACAUAACGUUGCGGGGAGCAGAGACAACUCUCGAGGACGUCAUAGCGGAGAAAACUCAAAGGACGGUGGUAGUUGUAGAAGACACUUGAGAGAGGGAUAGUACGUGUUCUCACAGCCCAGUCCAGUAAAAUUAGGAGAUAACAG